UUGUUCACAUGGUUUCGAGGCACAAUGAGGCAUGCUGGCUCUUGGAAACUUUGGCUCUGGAUGGCAAUGCUUCUGCUUCCUGCUUCCACUUCCGUGACGGUCAGGGACAAGUCAGAAAAACAGUGUCCUGUACUGAGAACAGAGGGACAUCAGUUUCCACAGGACAACAGAGAUAAACUUGAAGUGUCAGGUUUUGACCUAGGAGAGAGCUUUUCUCUGAGACGUGCAUUUUGUGAAGGUGAUAAAACCUGUUUCAAAUUGGGAAGUGCAUUUCUUUUUAGAGAUACCAUUAAGAUAUUUCCCAAAGGCCUUCCUGACGAGUACGCCAUAGCAGCUGUGUUUCGUGUGCGCAGAAGCACCAAAAAGGAACGGUGGUUCCUGUGGCAGGUGUUAAACCUGCAGAAUCUGCCACAGAUUUCUAUAGUCGUUGAUGGUGGAAAGAAAGUGGUGGAAUUUAUGUUCCGAGCUGCUGAGGGAGAUGUGUUGAACUACAUUUUUAAAAAUCGAGAACUCCGUCCUUUGUUUGAUCGUCAGUGGCAUAAACUUGGCAUUGGUAUACAAUCCCGGGGCAUUUCACUCUAUAUGGAUUGUAAUUUAAUUGCAAGCCGUUAUAUAGAUGAAAAGAACGCUGUGGACCUUCGUGGAAGGACUGUUAUUGCUGCACGAGCUUCCGAUGGCAAGCCUGUGGAUAUUGAACUUCAUCAACUUAAAAUCUACUGUAACUCAAACUUCAUAGCCCAAGAAACAUGCUGCGAAAUAUCAGAUGCUAAGUGUCCAGAUUAUGAUGGCUUUGGAAGCACUGCAUCAUCACUGUUACCCGCUCAUGCCAGUAAACUGUCUGCCUAUCUUCCAGCAAAGGAGGGACUUCAAGACCGGUGCCAGUGCAUUCCAAACAAGGGAGAAGCAGGUUUUCCAGGAACUCCAGGCUCACCUGGUCAGAAAGGGGAUAAAGGAGAACCGGGUUCAGGUGGUAUUAAAGGUGAAUUUGGUGCUCCUGGAAUUCCUGGGGAAAAGGGUGAAAAUGGUUUGCAUGGAGUUCCAGGCUUACCUGGUCAAAAGGGAGAGCAAGGUUUUGAAGGCAGCAAAGGAGAAAUUGGUGAAAAGGGUGAACCAGGAGAAAAAGGAGAUCCAGGUCUGGCUGGCAUUAACGGACAAAAUGGUUUGAAAGGUGACUUGGGUCCUCGGGGCCCCCCUGGCCCAAAAGGAGAAAAGGGAGAUACAGGACCUCCAGGACCACCAGCCUUAACUGGUUCCCUGGGGAUACAAGGCCCACAAGGUCCACCUGGAAAAGAAGGUCAGAGGGGAAGACGAGGAAAAACAGGUCCUCCAGGAAAACCAGGCCCCCCAGGACCGCCCGGACCUCCUGGAAUACAAGGAGUACAACAGACUCUUGGAUAUCAUAACAAUGGAAACCUUGGUGAAUAUGGAGCUGGUGGCCCAAAAGGAGAGAAGGGUGAAGCUGGACAACCGGGAUUUCCAGGGUCCAUUGGCCCUAAAGGUCAAAAAGGAGAAUCUGGGGAAGCUUUUACAAAAGGUGAAAAGGGAGAUAGAGGAGAACCUGGGAUAAUGGGAUCACAGGGAAUAAAGGGCGAACCUGGAGAUCCUGGUGCCCCCGGUUUAAUAGGAAGUCCAGGACUAAAGGGUCAGCAAGGACCUGAAGGCUCUAUGGGACCCAGAGGACCACCAGGAGAUAUUGGAUUGCCAGGAGAACAUGGUAUCCCAGGAAAGCAAGGCAUUAAAGGAGAAAAGGGAGAUCCAGGUGGGAUUAUAGGCCCUCCUGGGCUUCCAGGUCCCAAAGGUGAGGCUGGUCCUCCAGGGAAAAGCCUGCCAGGGGAACCAGGAUUAGAUGGAAAUCCUGGAGCACCUGGUCCACGUGGGCCAAAGGGUGAACGAGGACUCCCAGGUGUCCAUGGUUCCCCAGGUGACAGAGGUCCCCCAGGGCUGGGAGUUCCUGGCCCAACAGGCUCGCAAGGACCAGCUGGAGAGCCAGGUAUUCAGGGUCCUCGAGGUCUCCCUGGAUUGCCAGGAACUCCAGGGACCCCAGGGAAUGAUGGAGCUCCAGGGAGGGAUGGAAAGCCAGGUCUGCCAGGCCCCCCAGGUGACCCGAUCGCACUUCCUCUCUUGGGAGACAUCGGUGUCUUGCUCAAGAACUUCUGUGGCAACUGCCAAGCCAGUGUCCCUGGGCUGAAAAGCCACAAAGGAGAAGAAAUAGGCGCUGGUGAGCCUGGAAAGUAUGAUUCUAUCACCCAGAAGGGUGAUACAGGACCACGGGGUCCCCCAGGAAUCCCAGGCAGAGAGGGACCAAAGGGAAGCAAAGGAGAGCGGGGCUACCCUGGGAUACCUGGAGACAAAGGUGACGAGGGUCUUCAAGGAAUUCCAGGCCUUCCAGGUGCUCCAGGCCCCAUUGGACCCCCUGGCUUGUUAGGAAGAACUGGACAUCCUGGCCCCAUGGGAAUAAAGGGUGACAAGGGCAGUGAGGGACCCCCUGGGAGACCCGGACCACCUGGACCGCCUGGUGUACCAUUCAAUGAAGGAAAUGGAAUGAGCAGUUUAUAUAAAAUCCAGGGAGGUGUGAAUGUUCCCAGUUUUCCGGGCCCCCCUGGCCCCCCUGGCCCAAAAGGAGACCCUGGCCCAGUGGGAGAACCUGGUGCAAUGGGGUUGCCAGGACUAGAAGGAUUUCCAGGUAUAAAGGGAGAUCGGGGCCCAGCAGGUCCCCCAGGAAUAGCCGGAAUAUCGGGAAAACCUGGAGCCCCAGGGCCUCCCGGAGUUCCAGGGGAACCGGGUGACAGAGGACCUGUUGGAGAUAUAGGUUUCCCUGGACCAGAAGGACCCUCAGGAAGGCCAGGAAUAAAUGGAAAAGAUGGAUUACCAGGUGCUCAGGGUAUCAUGGGUAAACCUGGAGAUAGAGGCCCCAAAGGAGAACGUGGUGAUCAGGGAAUUCCAGGAGACAGAGGCCCACAAGGUGAACAGGGAAAACCAGGCCUUCCAGGCAUGAAGGGAGCCAUAGGUCCUGUGGGGCCACCAGGAAACAAGGGCUCCACAGGAUCCCCCGGGCACCAAGGCCCUCCCGGCAAUCCAGGCAUCCCAGGUACUCCGGCCGAUGCGGUUUCAUUUGAAGAAAUAAAGAAAUACAUUAAUCAAGAGGUUCUAAGGAUUUUUGAAGAGAGGAUGGCUGUGUUCCUAUCUCAGCUCAAGCUGCCAGCAGCAAUGUUGGCUGCUCAAGCUCACGGGAGGCCUGGUCCACCAGGAAAGGAUGGAUUACCUGGGCCACCAGGAGACCCUGGACCUCAAGGCUACCGAGGACAGAAAGGAGAAAGAGGGGAGCCUGGAAUUGGGCUUCCAGGGAGCCCGGGUCUUCCUGGGACUUCAGCUCCGGGUUUGCCAGGCUCACCAGGUGCCCCAGGUCCCCAGGGCCCCCCAGGACCUAGUGGAAGAUGUAAUCCAGAAGAUUGCUUCUAUCCUGUGUCUCAUGCCCGUCAGCGGACAGGUGGGAAAUAAACACACCUGAGGAAGACUUGGCAUUGGAGCUAUCGUAAUACUAUCAAACCCUCAUGAUAUAUGGGUGGCUUUUUUUAUUUGUUUUUGGUAGGCCAGACAUUAAAAACAAUCGGAAUCCUAUUGUUAUAGUAAUUGGGAUAUCAGCAUUUUUAGCUUUUCCCAAAUUCAUUCCAUAUGUUUUGCUUCACCACUGCUAUGAUUUUCAUUCAGGAUCUUCUAUGAAAAACACAAGCAAAUCUUGUCAUUAGUUCUUCUUCUAGAUGAAAUUACAUCUUAUGAUUUAGUAGGCUGAUGGUGAUGUACAUUUUCUAGUCUCAUCAACUUGUAUUUGGCCUUUGAUUUCUGAAUUUUAAAGUUUCAGACUUAAAGUUUUCUUGGGGCUUACAUUUACCAUCAUUGCUAAAGAUUUCAACUUUUUUGACAUACUGCAUUGCUUCUGCUCAAUGUUUUUUGACUACGUUUUGUAGCCAAAGAAUACUUGUACCACCUUAUAUCCAUCCUGCUUAUGUGGAGAAAUAGGUAGGCGAUAAGAGCUUCACUUCAUAACUCAUUUUGGAAGAAACCCAGGAGGCUAUUUUAUCAGGGAGCCCAAAACCUACCAUAGCCAACUACUGAAAUGAUUUUGUUAAUUCUGUAUAAUGAGCUCAGUUCAAAGCAAUCACCACUGGCAUGAAUACGUACUGCAUGAAAAGAGGGGAACAAAGUCCAAUUGUACAAGAGUUCCACAAGAAAAGCCCAACACUGCAGUCUCUUCACUGAGUUUCUCAUUUGGGAAACAAAAGGCUGUUUUCCCUAAGAGGUGUUUGAUGGUGAAGGCAUCAAGCUGUCUUUGGUACCUUUGAAGCUAAAUGGCCUAGCAAGGUCUUUGGGCCCUUGUAUCCAUUAUCGGUUCCAACCGGAUCAUUCUCAGAUUUUAAGACAAGAACUGGCCAUCAGAACAAAGGACGGGAUUUGUGUCACUUGGGAAAGAAACUCCUUGGCCUAGAGGAUGAUUGUGUGGUGUCUGCAGAUGUGUAUUCAGGAGCUGACGCCCAGAAGCUCUUAUGGAGAAACUGUUCUCCAGAGGCUGCGGAAAGAGGUACAGGGCGGCAAAGGAAAGCCAUGGGACCGGAUAUGCAAGUAGCACUCAGACCAAAGAGUUAGCAGUAACUUCAGGGGAAACAACAGGCACUGUAAAGACCAUGUCCUCUGACAGGGAAUGAUGGUACAGUGAUCACCAACCCAGAUACUUACUGAAUGCUAUUUUUAUUGCCUAGCCGUCCAUUAUUUUGAGAGGCUGAAGACAACUGAUUUUCUAAAACAUUGGACACGAGGAUGUUGCCGAAAUAUAAGUAGUGGGUCCCACAGAUGCUGUGAGCAGGAUACCCAGAAUCCUCCUGCCACAGAAAUGAGACCCCAUCUCUUCAAACAGCAGUGCAGAUUCCAGUUUGGCUAAAACAGGCUAGAAUGGUUGCUUUUACGUAUUAAUUGAAAAAUGAAUUUAGAAAGGUGAGCCCACUGAAAUUGGAAAAACCUGUGAACGGGGUUGUGUAGGGAGGCUUUUGUUCAAAUGCACCCAUGAUUUGAACUGGUUUUCGUUAUAGAUGAAUGAACCGCUGGUCAGGCCCUGUCUACAUGGCUGUGCAUACAUACAGCCUUCUAGCUAUUUCGUAUCGAAUUAUGUUGUAUAUUUAAAUCCCAAGU